GUUCAGCUGUCUGAAUACCUUUUCAGAUAACUAAAACUUGACCACAUUGUCCCAUCACUGUUUUCCUGGUAUCUAACCAUGCAGAGGAGGUCAAGAGGGAUUAAUAUUGGACUUCUUCUGCUCCUUUCCCAAAUCUUCCAUGUUGGGAUCAACAAUAUUCCACCUGUCACCCUAGCAACUUUGGCUCUCAACAUCUGGUUCUUCUUGAAUCCUCUGAAGCCGUUGAUUAACUCCUGCCUUAGCGUGGAGAAGUGUUACCAGCAAAGAGACUGGCAGCGUUUACUGCUUUCUCCUCUUCACCAUGCUGAUGAUUGGCAUUUGUAUUUCAAUAUGGCAUCCAUGCUCUGGAAAGGAAUAAAUCUGGAAAGAAGACUGGGAAGUAGAUGGUUUGCCUACAUUAUCUCCACAUUUUCCCUACUCACUGGAGUGGUGUACCUGCUCUUGCAGUUUGCUGUUGCCGAAUUCAUGGAUGAACCUGACUUCAGAAGGAGCUGUGCUGUAGGUUUCUCAGGAGUUUUAUUUGCCUUGAAAGUUCUUAACAACUAUUACUGCCCUGGAGGCUUUGUCAAUGUUUUGGGCUUUCCUGUACCCAACAGAUUUGCUUGUUGGGCUGAACUUGUGGCUAUUCAUUUAUUUUCUCCAGGGACUUCCUUCGCUGGGCAUCUGGCUGGGAUUCUUGUUGGACUAAUGUACACUCAAGGGCCUCUGAAGAAAAUCAUGGAAACAUGUGCAGGCAUUUUUUCCUCCAAUAUUGUUUACCCAAGACAGCAAUACUACUUUAAUAGUUCAGGCCACUCUGGCUAUCAAGAUCAUUAUCCGUAUGGCAGGCCAAGUUAUUAUGAAGAAGCACCCAGGAACUAUGAUAUGUACACAGCAGGACUGAGUGAAGAAGAACAGCUGGAGAGAGCAUUAAGAGACAGCCUCUGGGACCGAGGAAAUACCAGAAAUAGCCCACCGCCCUACGGGUUUCGUCUCUCACCAGAAGAAGAAAUGAGGAGACAGCGGCUUCAUAGAUUUGAUGGCCAGUGAAAUCGUUCAGUUGUGUAAUUAUUACCCAUUAUAUUCCCCAAGCCUCUAACUUUUUUAAACAAAAGAAGAAA